AUGGCGGAGCGAGCGGUCGGCUCGCUAAAAAACUCACUGAAGGCGACUCUGGCAGCAGACGACAGCGGAGGCAUGGAACUGGCGCUCGCCCGAGUUCUGAUGGCGUACAGGGCCACACCGCAUGUCAGCACGGGACGGACCCCAGCGGAGGUGCUGUUGGGCCGCAACAUCCGCACGCGGCUGAAUCUGCUCGUUCCGACCGCCGAGGACGCGCUGCGGGACAGCGCGGAGCGACAGCAGACGGCAGCCGGCGGACGCGCCAGAGCGUUUGCGGUCGGCGCCGACGCGACGUCUGGCACGGCGCCUGCCGAGGACCGCGGCAGAGCGGACGCGGCAGCACUCGCGUCCGAUCGCUACUGGCCGCCCUCCGUCGGUCGAGACGGAGGGGAGGGCAGCGGCGUCAGCAGCAGCGGCGCGAUCAGCCGGAGCAACGGUGCUUCUCAGCCGGAGCGGGCUCGCGUGAUCGGCGCUGGAGCGGAGCGGCCUUCCGACACAGCAGCCGAGAGGCCGGCGGGAGCCGCAGCGUCGGACUCACCUGAGGCCAGAGCUGCAGCGGGCACGGACGGCGCCGCAGCCGGGAGGUCAGCCGGCGCCGGGGCGGCACACUGGACCGGUGCCGCGCCCGCAGCGGACAGCGCCGGUGGGUCCCGGGACGGAACGGCGGCAGAGGAGCCCAGCCGCGGACCGACCCGAGAUGGGACGACAGCAGAGCGCGCGGCGCUGAACGAGUCGGCCGCGGCGCGGCCUGGAGUGACGGCGGGACCAGCGGGUCGAGCGGAUCGCCACGCUGAGUUAACUGUGCCGCGUCACUCGACGCGCCGAGCGGCUCCUCCGAGGCGCUACAUUGAAGAACUAUAG